AUGCGUAUUACGUCAUUCCAGAGGUUGCCGUACGUGUAGACGCCCCCUGUUUGGUGUUAGCUUAGCUGGCUUAAGGUUUAAAAUGUCUCUGAACAGAAGAAUGAAGAGACAGCAGUGUAGGAAAUAAUAUCAAAACCCUCAAUAAAGUUUCAAAGGAGACGAGUGCGUGUGUCGUGGGAUAGAAUUAAGCAGAUCACCUUGAACAUGAGUAAGAAACCUCCUAACAGGCCAGGUAUUAUUUUUGAAGUUGGAGCCAGAGUGGAAGCUCAAGACUAUUUACAAAAAUGGUACCCUUCUCGUAUAGAGAAGAUUGAUUACGAUGAGGGGAAAAUGCUUGUCCAUUUUGACCGCUGGAGCCAUAGAUAUGAUGAGUGGAUUUUAUGGGACAGCAACAGGCUACGUCCACUAGAGCGACCCAUUCUGCGUAAAGACGGGCUGAAAGAAGAGGAGGAUUUAACUGAGAAAAUUGGUGAGAUGAGAUCAUCUCGCCUGCGUGAGCUUCCUGGGUGUACAGAGAACACAGAGGACCAAAAAGACUUGCCACCACAGAGACAAUUACAGGAUUUGAAAGAUGGUGAAGAAGUUCUUGCCCGAUGGACAGAUUGCCGAUACUACCCUGCCAAGAUUGAAAGUGUCAACAAAGAGGGAACCUACACAGUCCAGUUUUAUGACGGGGUUAUUCGCUGUGUGAAACGAAUCCAUAUAAAAUCCAUGCCAGAGGAUGCCAAAGGACAACAGGAUUGGAUUGCUCUUGUGAAGGCAGCCACAGCUGCAGCCAAGAGUAAAGGAGGCUGUAGGCCUCGCACCAGUGCCAACAGCAACAAAGACAGAGAAGACAGAACAGAGACCAGGCUUGAUGAACUCAAUGAUGAGGAUAUCAAUGCUGAAUCUGACAGACUUGGCUCUUCUGAUGAGGAAGACUGUAAGCCAUCUUCUGAAGUCCUUGAGAUGGCUAAAAGUAAAAGAAAAAGCAGCAGACAAGGUAGUUUUUGCAAUGUGAAAAGAGCUCGUCUCAACAAAACAGCAGCCUGUGCCAAAAAUGAGAGUGAUUGCAGAGAUCUUCCCUUGGCAUCACAGAGUGGACUAGCAGCUGAAACAUGCCCCGGUGAGGAGCCUUUGCAGUCUGCUGUAACCCAAAGGCAUUCCGCAUCCCUGCCCAAUACACCCCCAGGGGCAUCCCGCUCUUGCAGACUAAAACAUGAUUCUGGAGAGUCGACCAUCAGCAGCUUGAGCACAAGUACAGCAGCUGAGUCUAAGCCCUCACCCAUCUCCAUUCACACCCUCUCAGAUGCACACACAGCCACGUCAAACUCUCCUCAGAGGCGCAGAAGAUCCCAGCGUCUUGCAACUUCCUUAGACCCAACCUGCCCACCCUCACCACCUACUCGGGAUUCCAACUCCAGCACACCACAGACUGGCUGUAGUCAGAGAGCAGAUGCUGACAAUAGUUGUUUGGUGAAAACUGAACCCCCUUUAAACAAACCAGUCACUGGUACUCCUGUUCCUUCUCUUGGAACUGCUCAAUCCACAGUCGCUGAGAAGGAAGGGAGUAACAUGUUGCUUGUCAGUCAUGCAUUAGUGGCAGAGAGAUUGCCAUCUGUUGUAGCAGCUACUGGUCCAAAAACUACUUCUAGGACCCACAGACCCAACAAACAUGCCAGAGAGCCCAUAAUAAAUACCAAGCGAUCUGAUGACCCCACGUCUCCUAAUGAGUCUCUGGUUGACCUGGACCAUAAUAAGUUCAAGUGUCAAAUUCCAGGCUGCUCUAAAGCCUUUCGGAAAGCCAAGCUGCUGGACUACCACCUGAAGUAUUACCACAAUAAUGAUAAAGAGUUGGAGGGUGAAGUAUGUUCCCCUGAAAGAGAAGGUCGCACCAGGGCCACAUCUACUUCUGUACCUACCAGCAACAUGGUGGAGAUACCCGAUAGCAAGAGGCGCAGGACAGUCUCCACAUCCUCCUCUCUGUCUUCCCAAGGCCACAUAUUACAGCUGGACUGUGCUGGCUCUUGUCUGAGGCCCCCAAAGUUCUGUAGGAAGAAGCAUUCAUCUGCGUCUGUUAGCUCGGACAGCACCGAAGUCUCACUUCCUCCUUUAUCCAGAGAAAAGACUUUUGAGAACUUUAAUGACAAGCUCCUCAAGAGGGUGACUGAGCAAGACAAAAACAUCGAUCAAGGGCUAUGUAUGAAGCCUGAAAGGAAAUUCCAAGAGAAAUGCCAGCUCAUUGGGAAAAAGAGGGAUAAAGAACGCAGAGAUAGAAAAGAAAAAGACCCUUUUAAACUCAAACAAAAGAAAAAGAAAAAGAAGAAGAAGAAAUCCAAGCAGUACUGUUACUCUGAUAUGGAAGAUGUUUCCAUGUCCUUCUUGGAGAGAUCAGCAUAUCUACUCCAUCACUCUUCCUCUAGCUCCUUUUCUAAACACUCAGCCUUCCAGUUUCCUCGUGCCAUACUGUCAGUCGAUCUCACAGGAGAGAACCUAUCAGAUAUUGACUUCUUGGAGGACUCCACAACAGAGUCUCUGCUGUUUAGUGGUGAUGAAUACAACCAGGAUCUAGAUUCUCUCACAAUGGAGGAUUUCCAGGAUGAGGAAGACGAAUCGGCUAAUGAGAUCGUUCGUUGCAUUUGCGAAAUGGAUGAAGAGAAUGGCUUCAUGAUUCAGUGUGAGGAGUGUAUGUGCUGGCAGCAUAGUGUGUGUAUGGGACUUCUUGAGGACAGUAUACCUGACCAGUAUAUUUGCUACAUCUGUAGAGACCCACCAGGACAGAGAUGGAAUUCCAAAUAUCGUCAUGAUAAAGAGUGGCUAUAUAAGGGCCACAUGUAUGGUUUAUCUCUAUUGACUGAGAACUACUCGCAUCAGAACGCUAAGAAGAUUGUUUCUACUCAUCAGUUACUGGCUGAUGUUUACAGUGUUAAAAAGGUGCUCCAUGGCCUUCAACUCAAGAUGGACAUCUUACAGAAUAAACACAAUCCCAGUUUACACUUGUGGGCUCGUUCUUGGGUAAACUCUGAUGAGGACCAGCCUAUGGGUGGAGUUCCAGACUGCAUCAUGUUCCAGCAGCGUGUUAACCAGAAUUUAAAUACUGAGACCUAUAUCACCAGUGAGCACAGCUACCAAAAGCCUUCUGGUAUGGGCCACCAACACAAGCAUGAGCAGGGCUUCCAGACUGCCUCUCAGACGCUGUCAUUUAUACCAAAGGAGGAGGAGGUGAGCAGUGCAAUCUCAUUGUCUGGCUGUGUGAGUGAGAGCAGCUCAGGGCAGGUGGAACCAGCCAGAAACUGUCUGCAGUGGCAAAUGAACUUACUCACACACAUUGAAGAUGUUCAGAACCAGGUGGCUGGCCGCAUGGAUCUCAUUGAGAAAGAGCUAGAUGUGUUGGAGAGCUGGUUGGAUUUCACAGGAGAACUGGAGCCUCCAGAUCCACUGGCCAGACUGCCUCAGCUCAAGUGGCGUAUGAAACAGCUGCUGAUGGACUUAGGGAAAGUGCAACAGAUGAGCACAAUGUGCUCAGUGUAAGCAUGGUCACAGGUUGCAAACACGUAAGGGCUGUGUGUGAAUUUGUCAGAACCUUUAGGGCACAACAGCACAUACAUGCAGAAACUAAUGCACAAUGCAUGCUGUUAAAGAACACAGAUAAAGAAAGUGUAGAUAAUGAUCCUCUGCAAUGGUUGUUUCUCCACUAAGUAGUAAUGGAUUUGUAGGACGAGCAAGAGCUGUGUUCGUAAUAAAGAUCUAAACCAUGCAGCAUUCAAGUGUUUACUGUCUCAACAACGCAUGUAGAUGAGGACAAUGUUCACAUUCUCGGUGUAUUUAAAUCAACAUAGUGUGUUUACUUGCCCCGCUGCAAUCAGCAGAUAAUUAAAAUAUCUUUGAAAAAUAAAAAAGACAUGAGUAAAGUGGUGGUUUUUUUCUUACCUUGUAGAAAUGGUUCUCAGAAUAAAAGAAACACAAAUUCAUGCAUCUUUCCAGUUUUCAACUGUUUGUCUAUAGAAGUUUAAUUAUUAUUAUUAUUAUUUUUUUAAAGUACUAUCUGUGUGUGUUCCCAAAUUGUAUUUGGGAGAAAUGAAUGUUUCUCAGAUCUUAUUUUGUAACACAUUUGAGGAAUAAAUCUUUACAAGGUAUCCAGAAUUUCUUUGAGCCUCUUAAAACCCACACGGGUUUAAUUUGCCAAAAAAAGCUCCAUUGAACUACAUUGUAUAAGUGGAUAGGCCGGUUGAGAGAUUCUCUAUGGCAGUGCCCACAUUAUUUCAAAAUAUUUUGCUUAGUUAUAUUCUAACAAAUAAUUUGGUCCAGUGUGCUAGUCCAGAAUGGUUGUAUAAUGUAUUCAUUUUAUCCAUUAUCUUAUCUCCAAAUUCUUGCUACUGAAAAGCUUUGAGUGUCAUUUAUUUGUCCCCAGUGUAGUAAACUAGUGUGGAGUUGACAGUAAAUGCUUGUGACAAGGAUUUUAGCCCGGGUUUAUUUUUAAAUGUAUAUACUGUUUCUAUGUACUGUAAACAACAGGUAUGAAAACAAGGCAUAGUAGGACAAUAUAUACUUGAACAUCUCUGUUUAUUCAACAUUUAUAUUGCUCUGUAUAAAAGUGUUUAGACCUGAAGUUGAUACCAGCUGUACAUUAGAGUUUAUUUAAAAAACUUGAUGCAACUAACUUUAUGUAAUUCAAUAAAAGAUAUUCUGACUA